CUUCCACCUGAACUCUUGCAGACAUGGCUCACCAGCGCAAUCAGCCUUCGAUGGGUGACUCGCUCAAGACGCCUCAUUCGGUGAGCCUGAAGGUACUCAGACUGUCACGACCCUCGCUCGCAAUGCAGUAUCCACUCCCAAACUCGCCGGAGCUUGGGAUCUCGCCCAAGGCCUCGCUUGCAUAUCCGUCCAACACCAACACGCAUGACAAGUUCAUCCUCAGUCCCGCCCUCAACCUCCCCGAAGCCUUCGGCAGCGCCUAUGUCGGCGAGACGUUCUCAUGUACACUAUGCGCCAACAACGAGCUCCUUCCUUCCGAUAACACGAAGUCAAUCAGCGGCGUGAGAAUACAAGGCGAUAUGCAGACGCCGUCGAACCCCACAGGCUCGCCCUUGGACCUCGCUGGUGCUGACGGCGAGCUUGACGGAGCUGUGUCUCCAGCACCGGGCGAGUCACUGCAGCGGAUACUGAGAUUUGAGCUGAAAGAGGAGGGCAAUCACGUCCUAGCAGUCACAGUCACAUACACAGAAACAGCUCUUGGGGAAGGCAAGGCCUCGGGUGGCCGAGUACGAACGUUCCGCAAGCUAUACCAGUUCGUUGCGCAGCAGCUACUGAGCGUACGUACGAAGGCUGGAGAGCUAAGCCAGAAAGACGGAAUGUCUAGAUAUCUCUUGGAGGCACAAUUGGAGAACACGGGCGAAGCUGCUGUUUGCUUAGAGGCUGUCACUGUCAACCCGAAACCACCCCUGGGAUCAACAUCCCUAAAUUGGGACAUGCCUUCCCCAGGAUUCGGUUCAAUUCACGCCCCUGUACUGACACCCCGCGAUGUCAUACAAGUAGCUUUCUUGCUUGACCAACAGCCGAACGUCGAGGAGUCGCAUGACGAAGCCUCAACGGCAGCGGGUGACUCCAGGAAGGUUCUCGGACAAUUAGCGAUUCAAUGGCGGAGCGCACUGGGCGACCGUGGAUCCCUGAGCACCGGUUGGCUGACCAGCCGACGAUGAGGCUCCGAUAGAGUUCGGCU